AUGAGAGAAAAGUGUCUUUUCUUCGCCUGGCGGGCAGAAAAAGUGCCAUUUUUUAGAACGUCACCCAUGGCAACUCUCGACUGUCAGGUGAUGAAGAGGAGCAGGGAAGCAGUAGUGAUGAUGGUGGUGCUGGCGACCGUGGCGGGCGGCGCACUAACCUCCGUGUUGAAGGAACAACAACACAUUCACAACAGAACCCUAAGAUCAGGAGGCCAAGAAUCAGACACCCAAGAAGAGAGAGACGGGAAGCGAGACUUUCAACUUGGCUAUCUACCUGUUGCUAUUAUUUCUCAAACCUUCAAUGAUACAAUAACAAAAAGCAAUAUGCGCUACUUGAGUCACAUUCAUCUAUAUCAAUCUCCAACGACAUUUUGGCCAAUGUUCGUCAUCCUGGCGGAGAUCCCGGCCACCCCGUGCCCCACCACCGACAACUUCACCCUGGGCACCUGCAUGCCCUCCUUAAAGUGCAGCAGCAGUGGAGGACUCUCCAAAGGCUCCUGCGCCAGCAUACUUUCUUCCUGCUGCUUAAUAACGAGGACGUGUAACGAGGCGACGAGCCUGAACAACACGUACUUCAUCCACCCCGGCGCCACCAACACAGAGCUGGGCGCCUGUACCCUCACCAUCAACAGAGUCGCGCCCAACAUCUGCCAGAUGAGGUUCGAUUUCCUCGCUCUCGAACUCUCGCAGCCGGAUACGAACGGUGUCUGCACUAAAGACUUCCUGACGGUGACCGGCGGAGUGUCCAGUGUCCCAGUGAUCUGUGGCUCCAGCAGUGGUCAGCACAUUUACUACGACGUGGAUCCCAGUGGCGGAGCGGUGAAGGUGACCAUUAACCGCUCGGUGCAGGCGUCGCUCUCAGCUGCCUGGAACAUUCAAGUGACUCAGAUCGCCUGUGACUCCGUAUACCGAGCGCCAGAGGGCUGCCUGCAGCACCACACUGCCACUGCUGGCACCGUCUACAGCUUCAACUUCCGCAACACCGCUGCUAGUCCCAGUGCAGGUACGCGGCAGCUAGCCAGCCAGGACUACGGGAUCUGCAUCAGGCGCGCUGACAACUACUGCGGCAUCACCUGGGAACCUGUCAACGACAAUGGCAACUAUGGCUUCACCAUCUCCUCAGCAGCCGAUGCAAUCUUGCCAGAGCUUAUAGGUACCUUCUACACGAGCAGCCGGGACAGUGACUGCACUACGGACUACGUGGUCAUCCCCGGCGGGAUGUACACCACUUCCUCCACCAGUACUGAAGCCACGCCCGCUGGAAGGUACUGCGGCCUCGGCUUCCCUCCCACCGUUACUAGUAAGUAA